UACUCAGAACAAUCAGUAUGCAUGUCAUGACAGCAGGGGUCUGUCGUUUUUCUAUUAUACUACUAACAUCUACAAGUAAAUUAUUUGCCAUGCAAUAAUAUAACUACUAAUAAUAACACAAUGGUUCGUAGUGCUAUUUUUAACAUAACUGCAGAGACGCUAAUUUUAAGAUCGCUAGAAAAAAAUAAUGUAGCGUUUACAAAAUGAGAUUGUUCUAAACUUUAAUCGACGCGGGCGCAUGGGAUGCAUCUUUUUUUCCCCAACAGCUAAAGAACCAUCUCAAUUUAAAAACAUGUUUCAUUAAUAUCUAAAGUGAAUAUAUCAGAGAAAAAUACAAAAAGUCAAGAUAGUUACAAAUUAAUAUUCCCAUCACUACGGUGGCCCCAAAAGACAACAAACUUGAAACUGACAUUGUCAUCGGUCCGUCGCGUUGCUCCCGAACAAGUGUUGCUUUGCCAUGGAUGGGUCGCACCUGCGCGCGUUUCGCUCGUCUAGCAGCGCCCCCACCCGGUGCUGUCAAUUAUCCUCCGCAUUUCUGCUAGGCGCCAAUUUAACGCCUGCGGUUUCCUGUCUCACCUCGAAGCGGGCAGUGAUGGCGCGUAGAAGGAUACAGAGACGUGAGCAAAUGGGUGAUGAGGAGCUGGAAAAAGAUUUAUUGGAAACGAGAGACCAAAAGAUCAGACUUUUUCUGCAGCAAUUUGAAAAUGAAGCCAAACAAAAAAGAUGUGAACAAGAGAAGUAUUUGGAAACUCUAGUGACCUCAGCACAAAAAACAUUCAAAGUCGAGAUUCUGAAGAUGCCAUAUUCUCUACAGAAAACACUUUUGAAAGAUGUGACAGAAAAAGCUAACCCAGAGGUUAUGGAUAUUUUUGAUGAAGAAUGUCCACAGAUGAAAACUGUAAAAGCAAAAAGGAAUAGAAAGGAUGCUGUUUCCCAGCAAACACCUUCAAGUCUUAAAAGAACACUUUCUGUUCAGCACAAGCACACCGUAAGAUCGUUUGCUACGCCUUCUAGUAAAGCCAAAUCUCUGGCAGACUUGCAUUCCACUAAGAAAAAGGUACAGCAGUUACCCAGAUCUGCAACUUUAAAUAGAGACAAGGGGUACAGCAGCUUACCCCUCUGUAUUAAUCAAGAUAUUCCAUUUGCAAAUAUACCAACUUCUAAAGGACAGCCUCUAUGCUUAUUUGACAAGAAUGAUGUAAAUUUUGACCUGAUUGAUAAGAAGGCUUUACAGCAUAUGCAGGAGUUAAUGAGGUUGGGAGCAUGUGCUGGAAACUUAAUGCUAUGAAAUAAAAAUACCCCCUAACAAAAUUUAACUAGUGAAUAUUUUUGUAAGGCACUUGACUGUUAAUCAACAAAAUUAAAGGUUAAGCUUUGUGCUCUCCUAAGAUUGUUCCAACUUUUUUUUUUUUUUUUUUAAAAUCAUUGUACAAAAUUGUGACUGAUGAGGAAGAUUGUGCUAUGAAGUGCAAGAUUAGAAUUUCCAAAGGACUCUUUGAAUUUCUGGAGUCCUUCUGUGCACCUUUUUUGCUCAAAGUGACCAUAACUGGAGGUGCUUCACCAAGAUUUCCAUUGUGAUGUGUCAAGGCAUUGACUUGAGCCUGCAUAUCAAUGAACUGAAGAUGGAUAUGGUGCACAAAACCAAGUACAGCAUUGUCUUCAAGUGUGAAAUUCAUGGGGCUGCUCCUAGGGGCUACCCUAGCUGUGAAAAUAAAUGAUCCCUGAAGUACUAAGCACUGUAGUGCACUGUUCAAAAAUAAUUCUAUUUUAAAGGACUGUACUGUAUCUUAUGAAAGUGUGCAUAAUUUUCAUUCAUUCUUACCUAAAUUGUUCUUUUGUAUGUAACCUUCUUUGCCAUGUAAAGCACCUUUGGCUACAGCCUUUGUAUGAAAAUGUGCCAUAGAAACUGGUUCUUGUUGCACUAUUAAGCAUUACAUCACUGCCCUCUGGUGGAAUAAUGAAAGCUUUGUAUGAUGAUAUCACAAAAUAUGAAUCAAAAAAACAUCCCUAAAACUAACUAACUAUUUUGAGUAUAUGUUAAUAUUUUGUGUAUUUAAGGGGAAUGGACGAGUUCAUUUCAAAUUGCUUUUUCUUUGUAAGGAGACUCUAAUGUGUGGAAUCUAGGGCUUUACUUUUCAUCUUUGGUACAUGUUUACAAAAAAAAAAAUCAAAAGGUAAAGAAAAUGCAAGGGCAAUCCAAUUGUACAACUAUCAGUGAUUCCUGAUUACAUUAAUGUAAGAUUGUGCAGUAUAUGCAGAAUCAGAACAUUUGCAUGUUACCAAUAAACUUUUAAGGGAAAAAAGUUAGAAAAUGGGAGCAUAGUUGUUGCAAAACAAUGAGAGCAAAUAAAGUCUUGCUAUUCAGAAAUGGUAAUCAGGUAAACUGUUGCUUUGUAUUAAGUUUUGUAUUGUAAUACUUGUUUUUUUUAUUGCUCUGGGAAGUGGCAGCAUAUUGCACAUUUAAAAAAUUUCACUGUACUUGGACCACCCUAGGGUGACAAAUAUUUGACAAAGUUUUUUGGUGUUGAUCGGCAUUCCAACCAUUAGAUUUGAAGCCAGAUUAUCAAAGCACAAUGUUAUUAAAUUAAAUCUUUUGAUAAACUCAAGCAGUAUAGACCCAAUGAAUUAAUACUAAAACACAAAACAACAAAGAGGUUUGCUGGCUGUCUUGUUUUAUUUUUUUCUGGCUCACUCCCUGUGCAGUUACAGCUGAACUGUUAACACUGGGCCUGUCACUUUCACAUGACAUCACAGACACACUACAUA